CCUGUGUCGCAGCGCGCUUUCCGGCAGGUGUCGCGGAAGGCGGGGCAGGGCGGUCAUGUGACGCCAGACGCUGCCCGUGAAGCCGUCCCGGAGAGCAUGCAGCCGCGCAGGCCUGAGGGCUUUGAUGGGCUGGGGUACCGGGGAGCCGCCUACGGUGCGGACUACCAGCUCGGCUUCCCGGCAAGGUCCCUGAGCUCCUCGGGGGACCUGUCCCAGCACUGGGUGACCACCCCGCCCGACAUCCCCGGCAGCCGCAACCUCCACUGGGGGGACAAAACACCUGUGUAUGGGGGAGACGGCAGCCUGCCCCCUGCUGGCCUGGGCGAGGAGAGCAGCGGCGGCCGGGGUGAGAGCCUGCAGCCACAGGGCCGGAGAACUACAACUCCCAGCAUGCUUCCCCACUCCAGGGGCUCACAGAGCAUCAUGGGAGAUGUAGUUUUACAAUAGCUUGCCUCUGUGACCUACUAAUACAUCCAGGGUUAUCACCUGGCUGCCAAUUGGGAAAAGGGACAUUACACGGAAUCUCUUAAUUUAGGCCGAAUUAGACAAAAUGAAAACAACUGGUUUUUGUUGAUUUUUAUUUAUUUGUUGUGUUUUUGCUUAAUUUUUUCCCCCUAGUUUUAGUUAAUAUGGCCUAAAAUAUGAAGUUGCUGACAAUUAACAGUGGUUAUUAACCUUUUAUGUGUACAUGCUAUUUAUUUUAUCUGUUGUAAUUAAUUCUACAAUAUGUAUAUUAUUUUAUUAUUUAUAAAUAAUUAUAAAUAACAAAAGAGAACCAGCAGGUUUCAUAUGUUGCAUUGUUGAUUUGAGUAUUAAUAAUUUUUCAUAGAAAAUGCAGUGUUUACAUUGUUGCCUUGGGACACCUUCAGUGGUAGUCACUCAUACAUAAAGCCACUAGAGGUGUUUCUUGAGUCACUGACAUUAAGCGUCUUCACGCUCUGUAUGGAGACGCUUAACAUUCUAUGAGGAGAUGCUGAUUGGCCACAGUGUUUUCCUAUGAGUAAGUGGAUUGGCUGAGAUCAUCACGUCUGAUCUCAGCCGGGGAGGUGGAGUGGAGCCAGCGGACCCGCAUGGCGUUGGAAUAAAGGUAUGUUUUAACCCUAUUUUGAAGAGGGAAAGUGAGGAUGCGGUCACCUAAAAAGUGUUUUUAAAACUAUAGGGUCAGGAAUAUACAUUUGUAUUCCUGGCCUAGAGUGUUCCUUUACCUUCAUAAACUGUAAAGAUUCCAUGGUGUUUUAGUUCCCAGAUUACUCCGCUACUUAAUUGUUGAGUUUUAUAUUCUCAUAGACUACAGGAAGUGGAUUUUUCUAUUUUUAAUGACUUUAAUUAGCAGUGUUACUUAUCCAGCUGCCUUAUAGAAAAUGGCACUGUGUACUUCUAUGAACAUUUGCCGGGUGACACUUUAAUUGUCUGCAUAUACGUAUUGUCUGUGGGACGAAACUGUGUUGUGGAAGUUUUAGACAAGUAAAAUUUGAUAACAGCCUGUGUAUUCAUAUCAGAAAUGAACAGUGCUGUGGUUUUGUGAGGCAUGUCUGUUCUGGUUUGUAAAACUUGUUGAUAUACAAGCAUGUUUUCCUUUUUAUACUUUUCAGUGCAGUAAAAUGCAACAAUCUUAGAAAUCCUACCAGAACAUUUUAUAUGUUUAAAGGACCACUCUAGGCACCCAGACCACUUCAGCUUAAUGAAGUGGUCUGGGUGCCAGGUCCAGCUAGGGUUAACCCAUUUUCUAAUAAACAUAGCAGUUUCAGAGAAACUGCUAUGUUUAUUAAUUGGUUAAGCCUUCCCCCAAAGCCUCUAGUGGCUGUCUCAUUGACAGCCACUAGAGGCGCUUGCGUGCUUCUCACUGUGAUUUUCACAGUGAGAGCAUGCCAGCGUCCAUAGGAAAGCAUUGUAAAUGCUUUCCUAUGCGACCGGCUGAAUGCGCGCAGCUCUUGCCGCGCGUGCGCAUUCAGCCCAGGAGGAGGAUCGGAGGAGGAGAGCUCCCUGCCCAGCGCUGGAAAAGGGUAAGUAAGUUUAAACCCCUUUCCCCUUUCCAGAGCCUGGCGGGAGGGGGACCCUGAGGGUGGGGGCACCCUCAGGGCACUAUAGUGCCAGGAAAAUGAGUGUGUUUUCCUGGCACUAUAGUGGUCCUUUAAACCUCCUUCCCUGGUUUUAUUCUCUAGCCCAUUUUGCUGUUUAGGUUUAUAUACGUAAUAACUUUAUAUAUACUACAAGAUUGGUUUCGUACAUGGGUUCAAGCUCAAUCCUCUAGGGUUGCAGAUUUAGUGACUGUUAAUUUUUGGUUUGCUGAAAGAACCCAUUACUCCCUUUGUUUCCAGUGCUGAGACUCAGUCCAUCCUCUUCGGCUUCUCAUUCAAUACAGUUGUGGAGGAGAAAUGCGUGUGUGGCACGCGCCACGCUCCUCUAAUCAAAUACUUCUCAUAGAGAACCAUUGAAUCCAGUGCAUCCAUAUGAGAAGCAUCAGAGGAUGUUCAAUGUCCUUGUUCAAUGCCUAAAGACCUUGCAUGUCAUAGAACAGAGUUUGAAUAUGUUGUGGGUGCAGAAGUACCAAUAAAUAAAUGCCAGGAAGAGUUUUAUUUAUCUCCAAAACAGAAAUGUUUUACAUUGCAGGAUCAAAACACCAGGGUCGCUACGCAUACACCUGAUAGUCUGGGAGGGCUUAGUGUCCCUGUAGGAGUCAGGGUAGUUUCUCUCUUUCAGUCUGUCAAUUAAUAAAUAGAAAUGUAACAUGUUUCACCCUAGUUAACAAGAUAAUUUAUGCCAUUAAAAAAUAAAGGCUGCUAUGUGAGCUGAAACAUCGUGAUUUUUCUUCUCCAAUAAAUCUAUGUGCUACAUACUUUUUGCACUGUUCUACUGUUAUGAAAAAUAAAUCUGUUUGGAUCCCUUGUGUAUAGGGAUGCCGUUGGUUUUCCAUAUUAUCUGGCAGUUACAAAUGUAAGAUGUACAUUAGUUACACAUUUGUAUCAUGCCCCUGUCUCCUGGAGUAAUUUAGUAGGCCAUCAAAUCGACCUACAGACAUGCAUAUCUCUGGAUGGGACAGCAUCAAUCAGGGUUAUUCACUAAAAGUGAGAAUUCAAGGUGAAUUUUAAAGAUCAAAAUAGCCAAAUUGGGAAAACAAUCAGCUAUGCUUUCAGCUACUCUGGAGUUAAAUGUGAAAUUAAUUUUAAAUUAAUUUUUAAUUUUCACUUUGGUAAAUAACCCUUGAGUUGUUUUUUUUUGGGGGGGGUUUCCAACAUGUUCAGAGCUAUUUUGCCACCAGUAUUGGUGCUGUUCACUCAUAGCCAUUACAUUGUGAAUAUUUCUUUUCGGUGCACCAGUUUAUUGCAUGCAGUCUUUUUUUUCCACCCAUUUAUUUUCUACUUACCUGACUGUCUACCUCUCAGCCUGAAACUUGGUUUAUGUGAAUGCUGGUUUCAUUGAGUGUAAAUGCAGGGGCGUUGUUUCACUCUUUUUCUCACAGGCCCACUUCUUUCUGGUCCAGCCAUCCAUGUGUGUUUAUUACCCCACGCCACCAGCCCAUUCAUGGCUUUCUUCUUUGACAAGCUACUCACGUCAAUGUGUCCCUAGCACACGUCACUUGCACCUCCUUCCCUUUUUAAGUUCAUAAAUGUAUUCUAGAUAAGAUGCUAAAAGUGACGUACACCCUUGUCCUAUAACCUACGCAAGGACCAAAUGGGCCAUCCAGUGAUCCACGUUAGAGUUUAAAAAGCAAAUGUAAUUUAGUUACGCGUGUUUUGUUUGAGACAAAAUCCAAGAACUUAAAAGAACACUAUAGUCACCUUAAUUAUUUUAGCUAAAUAAAGCGGUUUUAGUGUAUAGAUCAUUCCCCUGCAAUUUCACUGCUCAAUUCACUGUCAUUUAGGAGUUAAAUCACUUUGUUUCUGUUUAUGCAGCCCUAGCCACACCUCCCCUGGCUAUGAUUGACAGAGCCUGCAUGAAAACAAAAACUGGUUUCACUUUCAAACAGAUGUAAUUUACCUUAAAUAAUUGUAUCUCAAUCUCUAAAUUGAACUCUAAUCACAUACAAGAGGCUCUUGCAGGGUCUAGCAAGCUAUUAACACAGCAAGGGAUAAGAAAAUCUUAAUUAAACACAACUUGCAAUAAAGAAAGCCUAAAUAGGGUUCUCUUUACAGGAAGUGUUUAUGGAAGGCUGCGCAAGUCACAUGCAGGGAGGUGUGACUAGGGUACACAAACAAAGGGAUUUAACUCCUAAAUGGCAUAUGAUUGAGCAGUGAGGCUGCAGGGGCAUGUUCUAUACACCAAAACUGCUUCAUUAAGCUAAAGUUGUUCAGGUGACUAUAGUGUCCCUUUGAUGAAAACUAGAUGAGUUUUGAUCAGAGACACCAUGAACAGGUUAAACCCCUUCCAGUUUUAAUACAUUAUAUAGAGAAUGCAUUAAAAACAAAAUCAAAUUUGUAAAAAUUUUUUUUUAGCUUUUAAAGGGAACCACCUGGCACUAUAACAACUUCAUUGGAAUUAAGUUAAUACAGGAAACCAUAGAGUAUGGGCAGGCCUAAAUGGCACUGGAGAGAAGGCUUUGGGGUUGAAUCGUUUGUUUACAGUUUAACCAAAAGUAAGCUGGCGCAGGGAUCUCCUAGAACCAUAACAACGUAAUUCCAAUGAAGUUGUUAAGGUGUCUGCCUGUCUGGAGUGUUCCUUUAAAGUUAGUCAAAUUGAACCUAACUUCUCAAAUUGGAUUCAACCUGCCCCUGACCAAAUUAAGGCAAACCAAUUAGAAGCCUUUCAUUCUGGUCUGUUAACUAAUUUAAUUUUUUUAUAUAUUUUUUUUUCCCUUAACCUUUAAACUCCAGUCACACUUUGUGUGGCGGUAAGUUAGAAAAUACGAAGCAAUCAAGAAUUGGGCAUUGCCUCUAAUAGCCCAGUACUAUAUAGGUUUGUGCAUUAGUCUGUGGCAAUUGCAAGUACAGCCUUCCUGUCUGAGAUUGGUUAAAAUAUUAUUCAAAUGAAGAACUUAAGAUAAUUGUUAAAAGCUUAUGGUUUCUGCUUUGUCUAAGCUAGAUAUUUGAGUCGACACAUGUUCUGACAUAAUGUGACUGUUAAUACCUGUAUUUGAUUUACUUUUACCUUGUAGCUGCAAUAUCCCCUUGCUCGUACGCUAGAUGUCACUGCAGGCUGUAUUUGAGUCUUGUUACAUGAUUGCAUCCCGUUUAACUUGCUUGCAGCAAGUUCCUGAUUUGUGACAUUCUCGAUGACUAUUGCACGUGGAAAGUAAUAAAAAGUGGAAUGCAGAGAAUCAAUACACAAUUACCUAUAAUAUAAAAGAAUAUUUAUUUGUUGUUUAAAAAAGAAAAGUAAACAUUUGUACUCAGGACCCUAAAGACACACUCUAAGCACCGUAACCACUACAGCACUCCAUAGUGAUUAUGGUUACUAGGAGUGCCCUAGCACCUCCAGCAUUGUAUAUAUAAUCUAACCAUUUCAGAACAAUUUGACUUCUUAGCCUCUCCACGCCUCCAGUGCUAACGGCAAACCUGGAGUAGAAGCUUUUUUUUUAGGAGCCUCCAUUGGCUGAAAGUUCCACCUGAUCUCUCUCAGCUAUUGAGCUUGGCUGUGCCAGAGAACAUAUAUGUAGUGAGGGUUAUCGAUAAUUUCAAUAUUAAAUUCUAAGUAUAUUUUGAAAAUAUAUUGAACCUAUUUUUAUUAGUCAAACCAGUGUGUGUGUGUGUGUGUGUGUGUAUAUAUAAUUUAUAUGCUACCAAUACGCCUUUUAGAGUAGUAAUGUCAUUCAAACUAAUUAAAGGCCAAUAAACCAUAGGAGUUAAACCUACUCUAUAAUUCCCGUAGGAAAUUAUUGCAUUGGCUGAGGUGUGUCUGGGGCAAACUCCACCGUGGCCAAUCAGCAUCUCCUCGUAGAGAUGAAUUGAAUCAAUGUAUCUCUAUGAGGAAAGUUCAGUGUCUGCAUGCAGAAUGUGGAGACACAGACUGUGCAGCACUGCCCCAGGAAGCACCUCUAGUAGCCAUAUGAGGAGUGGCCAGUAUAGUUAUCACUAGGCUGUAAUGUAAACACUGCAUUUUCACUGAAAAGACAGCAGUUACUGCAAAAAGCCUGAAGGUAAUGAUUCUACUCACCAGAACAAAUACAAUAAGCUGUAGUUAUUCAGCUUACUAUAGUGUCUUAAGUCCAGAGCAGCUGAACUGGUUUCCAGUUUGGAUAUUUUGAUUUUAAAUUCUCUCUCUACUCAAAGUCUCUCAUGCAAUUUAACCUUCUAGCGUCCUUAUUAAGAAAACAAAAUCCUAAAUAGGUUCUGGUUUUUGAUAUCUUCUAUUCUUAGUUUGGGGGAACAGAAGUCGCUGUUGGAGAACUUGUCUCAGCAAAUAGUUUAAGUUGAAAAUGAUUGCUGGACUACAAUUGCUAUCAUGCUCAGUAAGAUUAUGCGCAAUAGCCUCCAAUGCUUUCCUACAGGAAAGCAUUGGAUUGGCUGAGAUUGUCAAUUUUGAUGAUCUCAUCCAAGUGGGCGGAGCAAGCCGUGAUAGUCCUGCGCAGCACUGGAAUAAAGAUGAAUAAAAUCUUCUUUGAAAUUGCUUUCAGGGUGGUCGGGAGGGGGUUCACAGCUAUAUUGACGGGAAUAUAUAUUUGUUUUCCUGUCACCAUGGUGUUCCUUUCAUGUUGAAUUAACUGCAGUGUCAUGGACUAUGACCAUAUCGGUAGUGUGUGCCACUUUUAUUUUUUUUUUUUAUAGCCAUCACAAAAUAUAUAUGAAAUCAUAUCUGCUGUGAAGUAGUGAUAUAUCCUAUUUUCACAAGAGGUGCACUAUAGCUUUCUUUUGGAUGUCCGAUGAUGAAAUCUAUAUUAUUUUGAACAUUGGUUUAGUUUCUGCUGAUGUGACUGUACUAAUAAUGUCUGAGAGCCUCCGCAGUUUAUUUUAAGUUUAUUUUUAUUUAUGUUUUUAUGAGUUGUCCAUAUUUAAUUUACUUAUUUUUGUUCAUUCAUUAUCGUGAACUAUGAAAGUAAAAUGUGGAAAUGUAGCUGAUUUUAUUUCUGUAUUUAUCUGUGCUGGCAAACAUUAGGACAUUUCAAAACAGAACAGUAACAAUCACCUGAAAGAAAAAAAAAAAACUUUAUAAACAUGGGCAAUAAAAGGACCACCCGAUAAUUGUAAAGAUUUUGUACCCUGGAAGUGGUCUGAGCUUUAGGGAUUUAUUUUGGGAUAAUUUUUCAUCUUGUCAGCUGACAAAUUGAGUCAUGAAUACAGAAAGCAACGUGUGAAAAACCCUCGGGGCCGCGUGGAGAUUUUCACCCUCAAGGUUACAAAAAAGAAUGCUAAAAUUAUUCAUUUUGGAAAUUUCAGAAGUCUACUAAAGCAUAAGUCAUUUUUCUUUAGUUGCACAUAAUGUGGGCAAACGCUUACUAGAUCAGUGCAUCAUUUAAUAGGUGGCAGUCUGAUACCUGUAUGAGAUCUUUCUAAACAUCUCUUGGAAAAUGCCCUCGGUUUCUGCUUUUUUUUAUUUAUUUAUUUUCUGAUAUUUGGACUGUUUGCCAAAUUGAAACACUUGAUAGCCACAAAAGAAAAUUACAAUUCAUAUAUGGGAAUUUCAAAUUCAAAAACUUAUAGGAGUACAUUUUGUUUUGUUACCUGCUAUGGAUAUAUAUAUAUAUAUAUAUAUAUAUAUAUAUAUAUAUAUAUAUAUAUAUAUAUAUAUAUAUAUAUAUAUAUAUAUAUAUAUAAUUUUUUUUUAUUAUUUUUUUUUUUUUAAUGCUGCGUUUCUGUCUUAUUAUGAUUUUAUAUAGCGCCAACAUAUUCCUGCAGUGCUUUAGAAUUAUAGAAGGGGAUAUCUGACAAAAAGAAGUUAAUAUUCACUAAUCUUGUCUUUCUUUUUAGAACAAUUGAAUCGAUUUGCUGGAUUCGGUAUUGGACUGGCCAGGUGAUUUUUCUUUAAUUUUAUUUUUUUAAACAUUAACACAACGUAAUGUUAAAGGAACACUCCAAACCUACAUUAAUAAAGUGACACCAUUUUCUCACUUUAUUAAAAGUAAGAUAAGUCAGCACUUUAAUAAAAUCUCCUAGAUGGGACCUAUCCUGGGUGGAUUUCAUCUGGUCAGUAAGACUUGACUAAAUGAGGGUUUUCUACAUUCUAAGAUUUACAACCAGAUGAAGGUUAUAUUUUUAGAAUAAUAACUUGUCAGAUUAGUUUAAUAGAACUAAUACAAUGAGAUUAAUGUGUGUCUGAACUCUGUCAUGAUUAUUCACUGAAAGGAGAAUUGUUAAUUCUAAGUGAAUUUCAAAUUUAAUGAAAAAAUAUACAAACUGGAAUAAAUCUCCAAGUCCUCUAUGCCUCCAGUUCAGCAAUGUUAGUCUAAAAUGUGAUAUUCACAUGGAAUCCACCUUGAAUUCCACAAAUUCUUACUUUUGUAAAUAACCCUGUGUAAAUUUACUUGAAAACAGUUUUGCUGUUAAGAGGAGGCCUUUUAUCUCUGCAGACUCAAAUUUGAAGAACUCCAAAUCCAAGCAUUUGUGAUCAUAUCUUCUAGAUAGAAAAAAAAUGUCCAAAAUAAUAAGGAAUUAUUUUUCCGGAUCAUGACAUUGUGAACGGAUUAAUAGAAUUAAUUUCCCCCCAAAAUUUAAAUAUUGUAUGAUUGUACAUCCUCAUGCUACAUUUUAAAGUCCAAGGGUUACUCUAAUCCCUUUUUCUGAUAUACUCAUUUUUAGUUUUUGAUGGCCUACUGGUCAUUAUUUACUAGGUCUCCUUUUAUAAACCUAAAAAUAAAGGGUAAAACCUACCUGGAAUCCAGUUCUGGGUGAAGCUCCCAGCUAUGCCUUCCAAACUCCGUUUGAUGUCAGAAGUGCUCAAUCAUGUUCCAAUCAAAUGCUUCGCCUAAAGAAGCCUUUGAAUGGACUUUUUAUCCGGCUCAGAGAACAUGCGCUAGAUUUAAAAUAAAAAAACAGGCAGUGCAGGCGGGAGGGUGGAGCAAGCGUUCCCUGGCAGACACGCUGCCUACAAGGGAGAAUCCAUUACAUGUGUCGCCAGGACGCUGAUGACAUACAUUUUGGACACAAUUGACAAUAGCACAACCACUUCUUAAAACAUAGAUACGGUAAUGCUUGGAGUAACUCUUAAUUUUUUUUAUUUAAUUCUUGGAAUAUAGAAGAUAGAUUUUGCCUCUAAAAAAAGAAUUUUACUAAAAAAUAAUAGAUUUAUUUAAAAAAAUUGAUUUCAUUUAUUUUAAAAUAAUGAUCCUGUGCUUCGCAGGCGCAGCGAUUGCUACUCAUGCACCAUGCCUCCCAAUGCUUCUCUCUGAUAAGCAGUGGAUUGGCAUGGGAAAUCAUCAGUUCAGAUCCCAGAGUUGGGGUGGGGCAUAGACGAGCAUCCCCCUUGCCACUGGAUUAUAAGAAACUACAUUUCUGGAUUUUGAGUCAAUCCAGAGUAAUAAAAGUGUUAAAGGGCUUUAGGACUUUGUAAACAGUGCUAUAGACCUGACCACAGGAUCUUGUUUUGAGGGUGCAAAGCAUACAUCCCCUUAGACUGGCAUUCCUGUGUCUCAGGAUGAUGCUGGUGGUAGUUGCUGAUCACGGCUCUGUGCACAGCAAAUUCAAGAAACCUCAGUUAAGUGUCUUUUUGAAGCAGGAAUGGGCGAUUUUAAGUUUAUCUGCUCACAACAUUCCUGCAGCUCAUUGUCUGAUUUUUUAUUUUUUUUUUAAGAUAAGUUGCUAUAGAUAUUAGGCAGCAAUAUGUUUUUCCAGGUCACUUGUUGUACACCUAGAUUUUUGGUAUCACUUUAAGUAUGUUUUCUUUUUCCCAAGUCUCUUUACAGAAAAUGUUUUGGCCCACCCAUGCAUUGUGCUGCGUCGACAGUGCCAGGUAUUAUUAUUAUUAUUAAUAUUAAUAUUGUUGUUAUUGAUACUUCUCUGUUUAUCUUGUUUAGCUCUUGGUGGUAUCACUUUUUUUUUUUUUGGAACUGCUGCGUAUGUAUAUUUAUACCCUAUAUUUAACCAGUAUGUGUUUCCUGAUGUGUGAAUUAUAAAAUUGAAAUGUAUACAUCCACAUUGCUCAAGCCUAGAAAUGGGCACCUCCAUCGUAGCUCCCUGUUAGUCAUUGUUACUGUUUGUGUCCUUUGCACCUGGCAGUCAGCAUAGAGAGAGCAUACAGAGAAAAGGAGAAAAAAAACAAUAUUUUUGUUUCUUUUCCACAUUUGCAGUGGGUGCUUGGACUGCCUGGAUUGAAAUGUAAUUUGCUAAAUUUUUAAAGGGUUAAUUCAAGCACACUGGCCACUUAGAAACAUAGAAUGUGACAGCAGAUAAGAACCAUUCGGCCCAUCUAGUCUGCCCACUUUUCUAAAUACUUUCAUUAGUCCAUGGCCUUAUCUUAUAGUUAGGAUAGCCUUAUGCCUAUCCCACGAAUGCUUAAACUCCUUUACUGUGUUAACCUCUACCACUCCAGCUGGAAGGCUAUUCCAUGCAUCCACUACCCUGUCAGUAAAGUAAUACUUCCUGAUAUUAAUUUUAAACCUUUGUCCCUCUAAUUUAAGACUAUGAUAGAAACAUAGAAACUUCAGUGGUUUGAAGUGAUUAUGGUACCUAGAAUCUGUAUAUGUAGAAUUUUGCAAUGAAUCGCUGAACAUACGGCGUUAGACCCUUCUGCUGCCGGCCGUGUAUCCAUAUGGGGUGUUUUUAGCCAGGCCAGAAUUAGACCUUUUGGGCUGGGUAAUGUCAAUUCUGUGCAUAUUUCAUCAUACAGAAUUGUAUUCAUUCUCUGAGAGUGAUCGGUGAGUGAAUGGUAACGUGGUUUCUGCAUCAGAGCUUGGGGAGGCUGUUUUCAAUCGGUUUGCCCCAGACCAGGAUACUUUUGGCAUCAUAAUCACUAGAGCAGGCUGUAUUGUUUAUAAUGAUAAAAGUAACCCUUUAAUAGGUUUAAAAUAAAAUAGAUCAUCUGAUGACAAUUUACAAUGGAGUAAUUUCCAGCAAAGUGAUAUUUCCCCUUUACAUUGUUAUUUCUUUAAAUAUUAUAAUACAUUUUCUGUAAUGUGUUUAUUGUGCAACCUCGUUUUGUACAUGGAUUUGGUAUAAUAAUCUGUCUGUGUGCCUAUUUAAGAAGAUUUUGUCAACUUUUAUAUAGGCUUAAGGAGAUCUCUUAAAGGGGCACUAUAGUGUCAGGAACACAAAUGUGUAUUCCUGACACUAUAGUUCCAUUCAGGGGGUCGGCGCCCUUUAUCUGGAAUUAGAAAUGUGGUAUACUCACCUUUUUUCCAACGCUGUGUGUGGCUCCUUGUUGGGCAGCACUGCCCAGGAAGCCCUUCUAGUGGCUGUCUGAGGAGGGAUUGCAGGUACUUUGCAUGUUUUAGGGUGUGUGGGGGUAUUUGUUCCCCUCCACCCCUAUACAGUUUGCCCUAUGAGUGUCACAGCCAUUAAAUUGCUAUUUUUCUAAAUGUAUUGAAUUCAUUGGGCUGUUUUCUUCACUUUAUCUCAAUUGAAAUAGUCCAUAUUACCUGUAUCUGUUCUUAUGUCCCAUCUCACUCCCCCUCUUUUCAUUGGCAAUGAUUCUGUUUGCAAAACUGUAUUGCUUACGUCUGAGUUAUGGAUGCUUAACUCGACCACUGGUGCCGAGGUUUGCAUAUUUCUUGCCACAUUCUCAUGGUUAAUGAAGUAAUGGCAAGUGAUAGAAGACAUUUGAAAAAUAAAAUUCUCUCUGUUUACGGAUCCCGAACAUAAAUAUUAUUGCAUUUGUCCUGUUUUAACAUCCAUUUUUUUAUUUAUUUUCAGGUUAAUUACCAUGCUAGAAAUUACCAGUUAUCUCCAUUUAGCAUUGUCAAUAUUAUGUAUAACUUCACGAAAACCCAGGUAAGGUUUGGAUUUUCAUAAGAAAUUAAUAACUACAAGAAUAAAGUGUUUAGGAAAAAAAUAUUUAAAAGUGACCCUGUCACUCAUAAAAAGUGUGUGUGUGUGUGUGUGUAUCUCUUCCUCUGAAUACUAAAAUAACUGCAGUAAUGUAUGAAGCAACUACUCAAACAAUCCAAUACAUUAAAAAUAAUACCAAAGAGCUAACAAUCUCUUCUGAAUUAACUAAAAAAGUGCACAAGUGUUAAAGUAUUAUUUUGUGAUUACCAAGACUUGAGAGUGCACCAUUCUUGUGGGUAUUAUAUCUGGGUUUAUUUGUUUUGAGGCAAAAAUUCUCUGAUUCUCUCUUGAACUAAUUUGCAUAUACCCACCCAGAAUCCUUUGCGGUAGUAACAUCACUGCAAAUAUGUGAUUCCUGUGGGAAAAGCAAGUCUUCUGACUUGACUGGUGUGCAGAUUUUUGUUUAACGUUGUAUUAAAAAUAUAUAUAUCUCAACAAAAACAAUACUUGGCACUCCACCAACAAAAAUAAAGUAAUGUGCCUGGGUGCUAAUCCCACGUUUACUAUACACAAAAAUAAAAAAUUAAAGGAUCACUCACAGAUCUUCCAAUUCAAUCAAAUGAUGCUUUAAUGUGUCUUCAAAAAGUCAUGGUCAACUGUGUCACAAAUUGACCCAUUGGCGUCUUUAUCAAGAUCACAGUGCUAGUGAAAAGGUAUACAUUUAUAUAAAAUGUGAUUCUUUGUUGUACUAAUUUGCAUGUGCCCACCCAGAAUCCCUUGCAGUAGUAACAUCACUACAAAUUUGAGAUUUCUGUGGGAAAAGCAAGUCUUAUGGCUUGACUGGUGUGCAGAUUGUUCAACAAUGUAUUGACUAUCCACUGACUUCAGAUAUAUUUGAAUGUAUUUAUUUAAAGAAAAAAUGUUCACAAGGCUGUCACUCUAUUUAUUUAUAAAAUAUUUUACCAGGAAAGAUACAUUGAGAUUUCUCUCGUUUUCAAGAAUGUCCUGGGUCCACAAAACAUUGCAUUGUUACAUUCGGGUACAAUAAAAUACAAAUACAAUAUUAAUACACAACAUAUACAAAUUUAACAUAUAACCGGUAGGAAUAUAUAAUCAACCAUGACAGGUGCAUUCUGUUUUGAGGUAUGUAGAGAGGGAUCUUUUAAAAGACUUUAGGCUUGGGGAAGAUUUGAAAGUGUGCGGGAGGUCGUUUCACAAUUGCGCACUCUGUAGGAGGAGGAGGAUCGAGCCGCUUUCUUUUUGUAUUGAGGUAGACUAAAUAAAGUGUUGGUACUGGAUCGGAGGUUUUAGGAGGUGGGAACAGCUGAGGAGAGCAUUUUGUUCAGGUAGGGUGGUAGAAAAGCUCUUAAACACAAGACUGGAAAGAUGAAGGGUGUGUCUGGAUUCCAGCAACAGCCAGUUUAGUUAUUUUUGCAUGUUACAAUGGUGGGUCCUGUAAUUACAUUGUAGCACAAAUCGGCAGAACGAGUUAUACAAUUUAAUAAGGUGGGAUUGCGGUGCAGAUGCAUAUACUACAUCCCCAUAAUCAAUGAUUGGCAUCAGCAUUUGCUGUACAAUCUUUUCCUUCAUUGUAGGGCUUAGGUAGGAUUUGUUUCUGUACAGGGCACCUAGUUUUGGAUAAAGUUUAGAUGCAAGCUUUUCUAUGUGCAGGCCAAAAGAUAGGUUGGGGUCUAACAACAUACCCAAGUAUUUGAUAGAGUGGACUGCAGUCAGUGUGCUAUUUGAAUUAGCUUUGAUGCAUAGAUGACAGUUUUGUCAGUGUUUAGGAAGAGUUUGUUUUUUGCGAUCCACUUUUCUACAUCUGUAAACCGGUCUAUGAACUCUGUAGUAAAAGAAACACUGCUUUUAUUUUCUUUUUAAAAUACGUAUCAAUGUUUCAAUUUGGGGAGGGAGGGGGAUUGCUGUUGUUUUAAAACUGAAGCUUUGACACCUAAUUUAAAAAGCCAAUAAAAGCUAUGUUUUGUUUUGUUUAGUCCCUACAGCUCUAUCAUUGUGAAUAUUAUAUAUAUAUAUAUAUAUUUAUUUUUUUUUUUUUUUUCUGCACAAGUUUCUAAUAUAAUUUCAGUAUUUUAUAGUGUGUUUUUGGAUAUUCUUAAUUGUUUUCAUAUGGUAACCAUUUGCUGCUGCUGUUUCAGGGUCCCCGAGCACUUUGGAAAGGGAUGGGAAGCACUUUUAUUGUUCAGGGUAUAACUCUUGGAACGGAAGGCAUCAUCAGUGAAUGUACACCUUUACCCAGGUAUUGCCAUUUAAAUGCAACAGGUCUGAUAGAUCUAGAUUUUUUACUCUGCCAGGUUUGGGUUUGAAAGUAUAUUUUGGUUUCAGCUACCAUAACCUAGAAAUAAUGCUUUGUGUCUCUGCACUCGCCAUUAUAUGACUGGAAUCGGCUUCCUCUUUGGAAAUUCCAGCCCUGAGAUCUAGAAAGCAUGGGUAACUUGUGAUUCUUGCAGCUGGGCUACAAAGUCAUUUUUGUGAUUAAAUACAAUCAAAAUAAAAUAAUGUCUCUUUGAUCAUUUAGUCAGUAGAAAGAGUUUAAUAUAAUCUUUGGAUGUGUCUUUCAGAGUGUGUUUAUUUUUCUUUGUACAGUUUAUAUUACUGUGAUUCUUUCUAGGGAAGUCACCCAUAAAUUCAAUCCAAAGCACAUAGCCGGACAUCUUCUUCUGAAAGGGUAAGUGACAAUGUGUUUCUUAUAUUGCAAGUAACUAGAAGCUAUUAAGUUAAAAUACCUUUUAUAAUUGUAGUUGUGUUUUGGGGUGUUUGUUUUAAUUUUUAUGAAACAUUUCUUUUUAAUAUUUGUGAGUCUGGGAGACUUAGAGAAGUACUUUCCUUGUUAGAUAAUAAAAGUGAUGCAUAUAUUUUGAUUUAAAAUAGCGUAAAUUAAUUCUGGAGACGCAACGUAAACCUCUAGACAGAGUCUCGAGAACCCUGGUGUCCUGGAACCUGGUGCAGUGCACAUAUUGUGAGAGAUUUAUUUAUUUUUAUUUAUGUUCCUUUGGGGUGAGAUUCAAGAAUCUGUCGCAACUUCCAAUUUAUUAAAAUGGUCUAAUAGUAGUCUGGUAUAUUAAAACAGACUUUUAUUUUACCUUUACAAUUAUCUCCCACAAAUCUUAAUAAAUGGAGUGCGCUACACAAAAUAACGCAAAAGAAAAAAUAAUUGAAAAGUAAUAAAUAGUAUAAAAUACUGUCAGAAUAAUUCAUGCUUGAAAAAAAGGCAGAUUUUAAAGACACUUUGACAGAAGUCCCCCCAUUGUCUAGAUUUUAACGGAGCGCUAUGGAAUUUGCUGGCGCUAUAUAAAUAUUAAUAAAUAAUAAUAAGAUUGUCAAGAAGCGUAACAUUGUUUUGGCAAAGAUAGGAGGUGAGGCAAUCCCUUUCUUUAUAAUUCUAAGUUAAAAAUUGAUCAACUAAAACAACAAUUUUAAAGGAACACUCCAAGGCCCAUAACUACAGCUCACAAUAGGCUGACACUCUCAAUGAGUUAUCCCUGCAUUGGUGGGCUUAUCUCAGGAUAGCCAAUGCAACCUGCGGCUUUGGAACCUCUGCCUCUCCAUAGGAAGUAGUGGAGGUGGGGAGCAGCGCCUGACAGACACUAGGUUAUAAGUCAAACAGUUUGACUACUUACUAAAGGAGGGGGGAAGCUGCAGGACUGGACAUUUUAGGAUAGAUCCUAAUUAUCAUGGACACUAUACUGAGGAUUCAGGAAGCCUUAUUUUUUUUUUUUAAUUCCAAGCCAGAGGACAAAAUGUCACAAAUCAGUCACAGAUUUAGUGAAUUCAGUGAAAGGGCUUCAGACACAGAGGUAGCAAUGUACCUCCCCAAGAUAUUCUUAGCAGCAUCGUAUCAGACUAAAGAAAAUCGUAGACAUUUUCCAUUGAGUUUUUAUCUAUUUUACAUUUUCACUGUUUAGUAGAUAUAGCACUGAAGAAAACACUUUUUUUUUUUUUUUCUUGCAUGUUUUUUUUGGGUGUAUGAAAGCCUUCCCCUUUACCCCUGACACAGGCUGAAAAGUCAUUGAGAAGCCUCUGUGCUGUAUCUGCAGGCGCACAUGUGCAAUGUCAUCUUUCCAGCGCCUUUCAAUGCUCUGUAUUAAAGCACAUUGGCAAGUGGGGAAGGCAGGAGCGCUCCUGCCACUUCCCUUAGCUCUGUGAUGGCUGGAAGCCAGGGAAGCAUCUCUGCCCCAGUUGUAAAAGUGCCGUUUUUGGUUGAAAUUAGCACUUUUAGGAACUGUGAAAGAAAAGAAAAAAAGAGACUCCAGACACACACAGUACUUUAACCCCUUAGUGACCAGUCUGUUUUUCAUUUUAUUUAUUUUUUACCGUUAAGGACCAGGGCUGUUUUUACAUUUCUGCAGUGUUUGUGUUUAGCUGUAAUUUUCCUCUUACUGAAUUACUGUACCCACACAUAUUAUAUACCAUUUUUCUUGCCAUUAAAUGGUCUUUCUAAAGACACAAUUAUUUUCAACAUAUAGGAGGGGUGUUUUUUUGUUUUUUUGUUUUUUUAUAGGGCUAUAAGUACAAGUAGGACAUUGCUGUUUGAAAAUAUCAGUUUUUUAAAAAAUUUAUCAAUACUGACAUUGUAACACUGUUAACUGUCAUAAAUCUCUGAAUCACACCUCACAUGUCCUUUUUUUUUUUAAUUUUUUUUUUUUAAGUAGACAACCUAGGGUAUUCAAAAUGGGGUAUGUCCAGUCUUUUUUAGUAGCUACUUAGUCACAAACACUGCCCAAAGUUAGCAUUUAUAUUUGUUUGUGAGUUAAAAUUGCAAAAAUCAAUUAUGAAUGCUAACUUUGGCCAGUGUUUGUGACUGAGUGGCUACUAAUAAAGACUGUGAACAUACCCCAUUUGCAAUACUUUGGGUUGUCUUUUUUGUAAAUGAUAUGCCAUCAUAGGGGUUAUUCUCAUUCCUGGGCUACCAUACGCUCUCAAAGGCAACAUAACCAACCUGGCAAUUUUCAAUGUGAAAGAAUGGAAAAUCAAGCCUUGUAUUUGAUCCUGUAACUUUCAAAAACCCUAUAAAACCUGUACAUGGGGGAUACUGUUCUACUUGGAGACUUUGCUGAACACAAAUAUUAGUGUUUAAAAACCGUAAAAUGUAUCACAGCCAUGAUGUCAUCAGUGAAAGUGCCGCUUGUGUGUGAAAAAUGCAAACAAAAGUCACUUUCACUGGCAAUAUCAUCGCUGUGAUAUGUUUUACUGUUUUGAAACACUAAUAUUUGUGUUCAGCGAAGUCUCCCGAGUAAAAUGGUACCCCCAUGUUUUAGGGUGUCAUGGAAAAUGGAAAGUUACAGGGUUAAAUACAGUGCUAGCAAAUUAAAUUCUCUUUCGGCCUGGGUUGUCAGGCAGGUCCCUCAAAUUGCAAUCAAUAAAAUUACCUAAUUAUGUAAAAAUAUUACUUAAAUAUAUGUACAUAUAUAUUUGAAGUCUAUGUUUAUAUUUAUGAAAUUAUUUAUGUAAUUAUGUAUAUGGAUAUAUCAGACAUUCCCCCCAGACCGGGAGCAACACUGAUCGCCGGCGGGGGAAUGGUGGCGAUCGGGUAAAUAAUAGAUUUGCCUCGUACGUACUAGGUUUUUGUCUGACGUACCUAGUACGUCUGCGGCCCUUAAGGAGUUAAUAUUGGCUAAUUGCCUCUAUGUAUUGUAUAAUGGGUGGUAACUUUACUUUACUUAUUUUACAGGUUGGUUUAUGCAAUUGCAACGCCAUUUUACUCAGCAAGUUUAAUUGAAACUGUACAGGUAAUGCAGUAUGAUUCUCUUUAGUUAUUGUAUGUAAGAAUAUAGUAAUACUUUUUUUUUUUAUAUAUAUAUAUAUAUAUAUAUAUAUAUAUUUUAUUUUUUUUGCUCUGUAUAUGCAAUAUUUAAAAUUGAUUUCUACGCUUUCAUGCUGAACUUUUGUUUUUGUUUCAUUACAAUUUCUUUUAUUUGAAGCAUACGAUGCAUAACUAACUUGUAGGUUUAGCUCAUGCCGUAUAGAACUAUUUGGGAGUGGAAAAAGUUUGCGAUUACAUGGUAUUCAUUAUUUUUCAAUAUUUCACCCAGGCUCUACAAGACAAUCGUAGAAGUGUAAUGUUUGUCACACUGUUGGAGUGACCAAGUCCGAUAAUAUAACCUAUACCCUGUUUAUGGAUAUCCUGAUAGUAUCUUUAGAAAUACAAUUUUCUAGAAUGCGGUUAUAAUGCAAAAAACCCAAAGUACAGCUAUUAAGUAUACUUUAUUUAGCUAUACCACAGUGCCAUAAAAUUUGACCCACAAAGGCAGCUAUAGAGAAUGCCAUUUACAAUGCCUUUGCAGAAACAUAAAAAAAAAUGAUUUUUUUUUCAACUGGGUAAAAACUAUCCCUGGAGCAAGGAGUCUGUAAAUUGGGGAAUUUAUAGGCUACAUAUUCUUUGGAAAUGCAAAGUGAAUGUUAACCCAUGUAUGUGCAUUCUUGGGAAAGAAGGGGGUAAAAGCACUGUAAUCUGCCGUUGAAUUAAAAUGAAGUCUUGCUGGUUUGUACCUGCUUCAGUGGUAAUGGCUCUAUGCCAAGGAGUAGGAGUGCAGUUAUUAUGUACAUGACACAUUUUAGAUUUCACCUUCUUGUUUGAGUGCCAUACACAGGUUAGUUUUUAUCAUUUUUGUUUGUUCUUUUGUUAUUUUGCUGUAAGUCACCCGUUUCCAUCUUUUCAUCUGUUUUUAGAGAUAACGUACAGUUACAUACUAAUGUUUAUAAAAGUUUUGGAAACUAUGUGUUGCUUAGAAAUGGCAUGUGCUGUUAGAUGUGAGAAAAUAUAAAGAACAGGUAUAAGGCAAAUGGAAUGCUUGACCAUGAGCCUGGAAGUAGAGAGAUUAAAUUGUAGUGUCAAGAUUAUUUGAGGUCAGAUAUAAGGCUGGUGAUGAGAAUUCAUUUUUUUAAAGCUGCAUUAUUCAUCACUGGAUAGUUGCCACCUUCUCUGCUGCUUUAAACUAAGAUUAAUCAUUAAAUAUUCAGGCUCUCUCCUGAUAUGCCUUUAAAUCUAGUGAAUACUCUUACUUCCCUAGUAUUUCCUUUAGCUCAGGCUCCCUUUAUUUAUUUAUGUAUUUAUUAUUUUAUAAAAAAAUGUAACAGGAAAGAUACAUUGAGAUUUCUCUCGUUUUCAAGAAUGUCCUGGGUGCACAAAAUAUUGCAUUGUUACAUUCGGGUACAAUAAAAUACAAAUACAAUAUUAAUACACAACAUAUACAAAUUUAACAUAGAACAGGUAGGAAUAUAUAAUCAACCAUGACAGGUGCAUUCUGUUUUGAGGUAUGUAGAGAGGGAUCUGUUAAGUAUUUUAGGCUUGGGGAAGAUUUUAAAGUGUGCGGGAGGUCGUUCCAUAAUUGCGGCGCUCUGUAGGAAAAGGAGGAUCGGGCCGCUUUCUUUUUGUAUUGAGAUUGGACAGCAAAUGCUAAUGCCAAUCAUUGAUUAUGGGGAUGUAGUAUAUGCACUAAAUAAAGUGCUGGUACUGGAUCGGAGGUUAUAGGAGGUGGGAACAGCCGAGGAGAGAAUUCUGCUCAGGCAGGGUGGGAGCUUCCCAGAAAAGACUGGAAAGAUGAAGGGUGUGUCUGGAUUCCAGCGACAGCCAGUUUAAUUAUUUUAGCAUGUCACAAUGAUGGGUCCUGUAAUUACAUUGUAGCACAAAUCGGGAGAACGAGUUAUACAAUGUGUUGAGUUUAUUAAUGUGGGAUUGUGGUGCAGGUGCAUAUACUACAUCCCCAUAAUCAAUGAUUGGCAUCAGCAUUUGCUGUACAAUCUUUUCCUUUACUGUAGGGCUUAGGCAGGAUUUGUUUCUGUACAGGGCACCUAGUUUUGGAUAAAGUUUAGAUGCAAGUUUUUCUAUGUGCAGGCCAAAAGAUAGAUUGGGGUCUGACAACACACCAAAGUCUUUGAAAGAGUGGACUGCAGUCAGUGUGCUAUUUGAAUUAGUUUUGAUGGAUAGGUGGGAAUUGUGUGAUUUAGGUACUGCCGCAAGUCGCAGAAAUGUCCUGUGUCUGCCCAACUGCACUCUGACAAGAAUCCAGAAAUUUUCUUGAUUUGAUCUUCGAUAUCUGCCAGUAUCAGGAAUAUAAUUUUAAGGUCUUUCAUGGCCGCAAAGUAUCUGCCUACCCUGACAUUGCGGGGCUCAAUGAUAUUGUAGACUUUAGUCUCUAGUUUGUGUCCUUUCUCCCAGGUCAGUGAUUGAAUUUUUAAAAAACAGAAAAAAGAGGCCGUCCACUUCAUAAAAUGUGUGGAGGGUCUUUAAAGGAUUACUGGCAAUCUAGGAGGGGAAUAACCCUAAUUAGGAACUUUUAGGAAAAUGGAAGAAGGAAAAGACGCCAAGUGUGAAUCCUAUUAGAUUACUGUAGAUUUUAAACCACUUAUCAAGAAUAAAACAUAACUUUAUUAUUAAAAACCAGCUAUGUAAUAUAAACAAACAGCAAGUAGUGUGACAACAAAGUGAAUAUGUAAAAAUGAACCAUGUUGUUUAUAUGGCUUUCAAUUUCUUAGUGAUUGCUUCAGCUGCAGGCUUGCAAAGGUUUAUGGUUCAAUAUACUAAUCAAAUGCAAAAGAUACAAUGUUGCUGGAAUCAGAUCCCACUUAUUUUUAUAUAUAGAUACAAAUCCUAUUCAGUAUAAAAGGGGAGAGAUCUCAGUAUAAAUAUUUAAACAAAUGUCCUGUAUUUUGGAUACAUGUUGGUUCAAGGGUUGUAGUUAUUAGACCUUAUAUAUAGCAGAGAAUUAGCACAUAUUACCAUAACGAGUCUCUUAAUAUAUUAAGAAAGGGAAUAAGUACUCAAAUGUUCAUCUAAGUGGAUGAUGUAUGAAAAGGUCUUCCCUCCAUAUGUCUCUGAAGGUAUCAAAACCCUAGUUAGAGAUGUAGAUCCCUAAAAACCGCCUAACAGGCAGUGAUUGAAUUUUGAUAUAUCUGAACUUGCGUACUGUCAUCUUAUAACGAAUUACCCAUAUAGUCUGCUAAUGCUUCACAGGCCAUUGUUGGAUAUCAAGCCUGCGUAGGGUCAUUUGCCUUCAUAUUUGAAGCAACGUCCAGCUGCAGGAAUGUUCUGGCUGCUUGCUCCUUGUACUCAGUUCUUCAACAAAUAUUUAUAAUGUAGUUUAGCUUGGGACUUCUUCCCUUUAUUACUAGCCAUAAGAUGACCUUAGGCCAGGCUUCCCCAAACUCUGGCCCUCCAGAUGUUGCUGAACUACAACUCCCAUGAUUCUAUUGAUGAAUGGCUCCGAAUCAUGGGAGUUGUAGUUCAGCAACAUCUGAAGGACCAGAGUUUGGGGAAGCCUGCCUUAUGCUUUAAACAGAGUUGUGGUUGUUGCUUUUUUUUUUUGUUUGUUUGGUUUUUUUCCUCUUAAGGGCUUGGAGCUGCUGCAAUAUUUAUCCGUCUCCUCUGUCAUUCAAGCCAUGCACCCAAAAUCCAUAAUUUUAAUUAAAUGCCUCAUUAUACAGACGUUCACUGAUUUCUCUAAUUUUUACAAAUGUUAAUGGUUCUACUAGUAAUAAACAGUAUGUAUGUAGCUCAGGGAGGAGGACGACAAUAGGUUCCUUCCCCCAUCCCCUUAUUGUUAUUUAGGGCCCCCACCUGGCGCACAGGGGUGGGGUGGGGGGCAAUAGGUCCCCCCGUUCAGUUUAAUAGCCCCCACUCGCGCUGCUCAGGAGGGUUUUUGUUUUUGUUUUUUAACAGUGAGCUUUGUUUACUAGACAUGCCCCUACUAGCGAUCAGGGGCAGAAUUUUCUAAUACUAAGUAAUCUUUCUUUAGGUCUGUCAGCCUUUUGGUAGAUAGCACCCUAAUACCAUGGGAAUUAGGGAGCUAUCUACUAAGCGGCUGCAAAAUGCAGCUGUGGCACAAAUAGGAUCAGAGUUUCAUUCAUUAGAAUGAAAUUCUGAUCAGAACAAAGUCCCGAAUUGCAUCCUAACAUGAAUUCACAAACUGUUACCUCAUUCUGUUAGGACGAAAUUCGGUAGUUUCGCCAGCGUUCUGUCUAGUUGACAGGACGUUCGGGAAUACUGACAGGAAGCAUUGCGAGAUCACGGAUAAAAGGUGAGAAUUGUGGGGAAAUUGCUUUGAUCACCGGAAACGAAGCACACUCUGCUCCUCCACUGGUCCUACUUUCUUAUGUUUUAAAGAAAACUAGAGCAGACAGGAAGAAAUGAAGAACAGAUCCUGACAGAGGGAGAGAAGAGGAAUUGAUUAAAGAAAGGCAAGUUCAGCAUAGCAGUGCCGCUUUAACAUUAAGACUUGUAUUUUUUUUUUUUUUAUAUAUAAAUAUAUACUUUACCUCUCCUAACUUAUAUUGUAUACUUUGUUAAUCCAAUUCCACACUUGACCUUUUUAAAAAUAUAUAUAUAUAUAUUUAUUUUUUUAUCUUUCAUCUAGAGUGAGAUCAUACAUGAUAAUCCGGGAAUUCUUGAUUGUUUAAAAGAAGGAAUUGGUCGCAUCGUUGGACUUGGAGUGCCGCACAGUAAACGGCUGCUGCCUAUACUUGUUAUCACAUUCCCCACUGUUCUUCAUGGUGUUUUACAUUACAUUAUCAGCUCUGUCGUUCAGAAGUGUGUGCUGUUCAUCAUUAAGAAAAAGGCCCCACCACGCGAUUCGACAGACAGGCCAAACAUAGUUCAAAACACCUUGGAUGAUUACUUCCCCGAACUUAUAGCAAAUUUUGCAGCAAGCCUUUGUGCUGAUGUCAUGCUUUAUCCCCUAGAGACAGUGUUACAUCGCCUUCACAUUCAAGGUACGCGUACGAUUAUAGACAAUACAGAUCUCGGCCAUGAGGUUGUCCCAAUCAACACACAAUAUGAGGGAAUGAGAGACUGCAUGAAUUCCAUAAACCGUGAAGAAGGCAUCCUUGGCUUUUACAAAGGUUUUGGAGCUGUGGUGGUACAGUAUACGCUUCAUAUGGCCGUUCUGCAAAUAACAAAAAUAAUUUAUACAUCUUUAUCACGUAAUACUAGCUAAAGAUUCUGAGUUCUGAUGAUUAGAAUGUCAGAUAUAAUUAUUGUUGGGUUUUUUUCUUGAAACGCCAGUGCAAAAAAAGUGUAAAUCCUUUCCCACUGUGUUGUCUGUUUUUAUUUUUAUCCAUUAAAAUAUCCGUCGAAUGAGAAUUUACAAAUCUAAUAAUUAGACAAAAGAACAAAGGUGUUGCAUAUUCCUCAGGGGACUAACCCUUAUACAAAGUAAACUACUAAAAUUCAGAAUAUAAAAGACCUGCCGUCCAAGAUACCAGUAUGAGUAUGAUAAAAUCUUAGAACUUUAUCGAAUUAGACUAAAAUUGGUGAUACACAAGAAAAAUGAAAGUGAUAGUGUCACUCUGAUGUGACCUAAACAGUAGCCUCUCUUUAAAAAAAUAAAUAAAAAAUAGAAUCGUUAAAGGCUGUUCUUUACUUGAGGAAAAAAUAAAAAGGACACCACAUUCUCCUGAUUACCAGCGUGCAACCGGGCCUGAGCCAGGCCAAAACCUAACCUUUACAGUUCUGAGUAACAAAUGCCGGUUCAGGCACUAGAGAGGAAACCAAAAGCAACGUUUUAACCCAGCCAGGUCUUUAUCUUGAAAAAAAGACCCGGCUUGGUCAAAACGUUGGUUUUGCUCCAAUAAACCUGCUUAACUUGUGUUCACCUUGAGUACCUGGACCGUAAUUUGUUACGAUUUAUUUACUUUAGAGGCAGCGUGUGCAAGUUAGUGACUUGAAACAUUGACUAGAUAGUAAGUUUAAAUAAAGUGAUACCUGAGAUCCACCAAGUUGUGGUUGGUGGUAGGUAGGCUAUUUUAGCUGGAUACAUUGCUUAAAUGUUGUACUAAUAAGUAUCACUUUUUUUUUGUAAAUGCUCCUCACUGGUAUCGUUUAGAUUUUAGGUCUUUUAAAUGUAUAACUAACCAACUUUUCUUUAGGUUUCCCAAAAUGUUUGCAUCUUGAAGAAUAUAAAUCAAUCUGUUCAGUAAAUUUAUCAAGAUGUCCAAAGUUAGAGUAAAAACUAUUAUUCCAUUCUGUUUAUACCUUCUCUGAGGAACAGGUUCUAUAGCAGUAGUUCCCAAACGUUUUAGGUUCAAGGCGCCCUUAACAGUUUGGGAACCGCUGUUCUAUAGAAUACCAGCUCACAUUUUACUUUUUAUCUAUCACCUCAUUGUAAAUGUGAAUGCUUGUUUAAAAAGGGCACAUAUUAAAGCAAGGAUUGUUCGUAUCCAUCUGUUUCAUUAAAUGUGCACUACUGAUGAAUCUUUAACUGUUGGUGCAACAAAGAGAAGCAACGUAUGGGUGGACAAUUUGGGUAUCUGAACCCAUUUAAAAUGUUUAAUUGCAUUAAUUCAGGAAUAUGUUUUUGGCUUUAAAUGUUGGUAUUCUUUGAUACAUGCAUGUGUAAAAGUUACUAAUUAUGUGUCUUAAGCUAAAGUGGGCUUUUAAGGGUGUUUUCAAAAUACAUAUAAACGCAACUAUUAAAACAAAAGUAUAUUUAUAAAUAAAAAUUGAGAGAAGUGUGAUGCAAUUUAUUUUCCCCUUUAAAUGCCUGAUAAAUAUUACUGCUGAAAGGUUAUUUAAUGUAUUUGAAUUUAGGAAAUACAUUUACAAUUUGGUGUUUUGAAGAGCCUAUAAAAACAAAACUCAAUUGCAAAAUAAUAAAACAAAGCUAUUCUGUCUGAAUCAGUGAGACCUCAAUUAAAGCAAUCAAUGUGUUAAAACAUGUUUGAGAAUUUUUGUUCUGAAUUAAAUCGCUCCAAGUGGGUCACGUAUGCUAAAAUGGUGUUUUUGACACACCUUCGCUGGAUAUAUUGGGUUCCAGUAUAUUUUCU